UUGCGAAAUACAUUAAAUAUUCCCGCCCAGUGUCUUGUAUUGUCAAAUUUAGAACAUAUCCACAACGUCACCACCAUUAUUAGGGAAACGAAUAUACUCGGUAAACAAGUGAAUAAACUUCUUUAAAAUCCACUGGGAAAAAAUAAGUGGUCUCGGGCAACACCGUUUUCAUUUUGUGUGUGCAUGUGUCACGCGUGCGCAUUUUGUGUCGCACGCAUGCACUGUAUACUUGUACGAUCGAGUAUCACGUCACAAACUUUCAUGCCAGAUAGCAGUGGAGUCGGAUUUACAUCGUGCUCUCAAAACCGCCCCAAAAUGGCAGCAUUUACUCGGAAUUUACCCGGUGUAACCGCUACUUUCAAGCUCCUUAGACAAGUAUUGUAUCUUCUCUUGCUUCUCCAAAUGAUGAACUUUUCAAAUGUGGUUGGACAAUCAACGUCUGCAGCAACCUCUGGUAUGACUACAGUAGUACCAGCAACAGGGUUCGUUCCAAGUGAAAUACCGUUAAUAGCAUUGGAUACUGCUCAAGCCACGACAAACAGUGAUGGGACAACCUAUGUAGAACCCACAAAUGAAGUUGUGGCAGGCGACACAGGCGACACAGUGGCAGUUGACACAACAGCACAACAGGCUACAGAGCCAUUUGGCACUGCAAAAUCUACCUUAAUAGUAACAACUGUGACACAAAUCGUCACCUCAACUGACAUCAGACAGGAGACCACAGGUAGUUCAGAGGAAUCACCUGCCGCUCAAACAACACAACAGCCAAUGCAAAGUACAGCAGCAGUCACUGCAGCAGGAACACCAUCACCCAUGACCCACACUGCAGUAGCUCCUGCGAGUACUGCUGUAAUGGAAGUGGCUGCGACUACAACUCAAAAACCUACAGCAGAAACAACAAUGGUACCUGAAGCAGUUGCAACUCUGACACCUGAAGCAGCAACUCCAGCACCUGAAUCAGAUACAACUCAAGCACCAGCAACAGCAGCAACUCAAGCACCAGCAACAGCAACAACACACGUACCAGGAACAGCAACAACUGCACCUGCAGCUGAUACAACUCAAGUACCAGCUACAACAGCAACUCAAGCAGCAGCAGCAGCAACUCAAGCACCAGCAACAGCAACAACUCCAGCACCUGCAGCUGAUACAACUCAAGUACCAGCUACAACAGCAACUCAAGCACCAGCCACAGCCACAGCCACAAGCCCAGCAACAACAACAGCAACAACUCAAGCACCAGCAACAGCAACAGCUCAAGCACCAGCAACAGCAACAACACACGUACCAGGAACAGCAACAACUGCACCUGCAGCUGAUACAACUCAAGUACCAGCUACAACAGCAACUCAAGCAGCAGCAGCAACUCAAGCAACAGCAACAACUCAAGCAACAUCAACAACUCCAGCACCUGCAGCUGAUACAACUCAAGUACCAGCUACAACAGCAACUCAAGCACAAGCAACAGCCACAGCCACAACCCCAGCAACAACAGCAGCAACAACUCAAGCACCAGCAACAGCAACAGCAACAACUGAAGCACCUGCAGCUGAUACAACUGAAGUACCAGCUGCAACAGCAACUCAAGCACCAGCAACAGCAACAACCCCAGCAACAGCAACAACUCAAGCAACUGCAGCAGUUACUACUCAAGCACCAGCAACAGCAACCACUCAAGCACCAGUAACAGCAACAACUCAAGCACCUGCAGCAGCAACCACUCAAGCACCAGUAACAGCAACAACUCAAGCACCUGCAGCAGCAACAACUCAAGCACCAGCAACAGCAACAACUCAAGCACCUGCAGCUGAUACAACUGAAGUACCAGCUACAACAGCAACUCAAGCACCAGCAACAGCCACAACCCCAGCAACAGCAACAACUCAAGCACCUGCAGCAGUUACAACUCAGGCAACAGCAACAGCAACAACUCAAGCUGCAAUUACAACUCCAGCACCUGCAGUAGUUACAACUGAAGCUCCUGCAGCGGUAACAACUCAAGCACUUGCGACCGAAACAUCCAUCAUCGGAAGUACUGUGGCAGAUACUGUCCUAGGACCUGAUUCAGAAGCUCGACAGAGUACACCAUUGCCAGUCACAUCUGCAACAGGUGCUUUUACAGUAGUUACCCAAGAUCUACCUGUUACAACUCAAGAGCCUGCAACAGGAACAGUUGUUUCAGCAGAAACUGUAACAACUCGAGCACCUGACUCAGCUAAAACUCAAGCUACAACUCAAGCACCUGCAGCCAUAACAACUCUAGCACCUGAUGCUGUUACAACUCAGGCAACAGCAAUAGCAACAACUCAAGCACCAGCAACAACUCAAGCACCAGCAACAGCAACAACUCAAGCACCAGCAACAGCAUCAACUCAAGCACCUGCAGCUGAUACAACUGAAGUACCAGCUACAACAGCAACUCAAGCACCAGCAACAGCCACAACCCCAGCAACAGCAACAACUCAAGCACCUGCAGCAGUUACUACUCAAGCACCAGCAACAGCAACCACUCAAGCACCAGUAACAGCAACAACUCAAGCACCUGCAGCAGCAACAACUCAAGCACCAGCAACAGCAACAACUCAAGCACCAGCAACAGCAACAACUCAAGCACCAGCAACAGCAACAACUCAAGCACCUGCAGCUGAUACAACUGAAGUACCAGCUACAACAGCAACUCAAGCACCAGCAACAGCAACAACCCCAGCAACAGCAACAACUCAAGCACCUGCAGCAGUUACUACUCAAGCACCAGCAACAGAAACCACUCAAGCACCAGUAACAGCAACAACUCAAGCACCUGCUGCAGCAAUAACUCAAGCACCAGCAACAGCAACGACUCAAGCACCUGCAGCUGAUACAACUGAAGUACCAGCUACAACAGCAACUCAAGCACCAGCAACAGCCACAACCCCAGCAACAGCAACAACUCAAGCACCUGCAGCAGUUACUACUCAAGCACCAGCAACAGCAACCACUCAAGCACCAGUAACAGCAAUAACUCAAGCACCUGCAGUAGCAACAACUCAAACACCUGCGGCAGCAACAAGUCGAACACCUGAAGCAGUUACAACUCCAGCACUUGCAGCAGCAACAACUCAAGCACCUGCAAUAGCAUCAACUCAAGCACCUGAAGCAGCAUCAACUCAAGCACCUGAAGCAGUUACAACUCCAGCACUUGCAACAACUACUCAAGCACCUGCAGCAGUUACAACCGAAAAACCAACCUUGAAGCCAUCAAAACCUGAGUUUAAGCCAUUGUCAUCAUUAACUGAGAAGGAGAAAAGUGAAGCAGUUACUCUGGAGUUAAAUAAGGAUAUUACGAGAGAGUAUUGGAUGUCCUAUUUGGAUGUCAAAUUCCGCCAGCUCCUUGCUCAAAUGCUCAAUACUAGUAACAGACGUCGGAGGCGUCAGAGUGACGGAGGGACCUCGGCAAUCAAGCCAGAAGACAUCAUCUACAUCAGCCCUUCCCCGAUCCUCAAGGAUGGGGUGCUCCAUGUCUCGUUCUUUGUGAGAAGCAGGGAGGGAGGCUCCGGAGAAAGUGUAUUGAGUAGUGAGAAGGUGUUGGCAAAAUUAAAUGAGGAGGACAACGUCGAUAAGAUGAAGACAUUGUUGGGCGUUGAUGAUUUUAAGCCCUAUGCGGGUAUUUCCCAAGUUCUCCUGGAAUCAGACAAGCAAACCGGUCUUAACAUCCUCGGCAGUCGGGCUCUCUUCAUCGUGCUGAUCGUCCUGGGCUGCAUCAGCUUGGUCAUCAUCAUCGCGGGCUUCCUUUACCUCGUCUGCGAUCGCAAACGCACCCGCAGCGGGGAGUACAUCACCAAUAACACCAACCCGGAUCUGGAGGUUGGAUUCGACAACCCUGCCAUGGUGAACGAGACCGACAAGGCGGCCUUGAACGGCAAUGGGGCUCACCUGCUCAGCUUUAAGCCAGACGCAGGAGACGGGGAUAUUGUGCCUUACGAUAGCUUCAGUCCGGAGGACUUUAUGAAUUGCGAGGUGGAGGACACGCAUCUUUAAGAUUGAACCCGUGGGGAAAGACAGUAGCAGGUUUGUCUAAACUGUACAGUCCACAUUGUAGAUAUUUCAUAUAUAAGUCUCUGUUCCUCAAGGCUUUGUGUUGUGCACUUGCACCGUCUGCUAAUUUGGCGUGGCAAAAAAUUUGCCAAAAGUUUUUCUCCUAGCCACUGACCACACUUUUUGCCUUGCUUCAAAAGUGUUGUCUCAAAAGUGUUGUCUCAAGGACAGUUUAAACAUACAGUACUGUCCCAAUAAUGGAUGUUUCUUUCAUAAACCUUUGUCAGAAUCAAGGAACUGUAAGGUGGCAGGCUUGAUCUGCACUUGUUUGUUGUUUUAUUGUUGUUACAGCGACUUUUUAGUACUAUAAUUCAAAAUCCCAAUUGAAGUGGGCUUAAUUGAAGGUUUAUAGCAGGGUCAAAUACUGGCCGAUGGGCCGAGGGCUUCUUGCACAAGUACCCCCUCAAUGGUUACAAAGGUAGAGUUGGGGGAGACCACUGGGAGAGACAUUUGAACGCAUUGCCGACAGGGCCUGACAUUCAUGCAAAGACGCUAUGGCUUUGUGUACUUCAGAAUAGAUUUAGUCAUGUGUACUUCUAGUGGUGUGUAUGCAUUUAUGGGUUGUACAGGAAACCCUAUUGUAAAAUACGGGUACCCAGGUAUGCGUAAAAGAAACUCAACCCCAAAUUUCAAAUCCCGGAAGUUGUCUGAAGGUUUUUUUUUAGCUGAACAGUGUAAACUGCAAUUUUUGCGAGCAUUAUCUGUCCCGCUUUAAAACGUGAAAUCUGUUUUGGUCUACGAUGUACAAUGUAGCCCUACGUUUUCUUCUUUGAAAAUUUUCUACAGAUGUCAUUCAAAAGCUUUCUUUUCAUUGUAAGAGAAGUUGCUAAGUAAUUCGUAAAGAUGGUUAUGAGUACCUGAUCCGGUAAUCUGGAACUGGUUCCUGACAUCAGUGGUCGGAUACCCGGGUUCCCGGUUCCGAUGCACACCCUAGGCAUUCAGUUCUUGCAAGAACUCACAAAGCACAAACCACAGUGCACGCAUGAUUCCUGGAUUCCGUAGGAAUAACUAAAAGUGUCUUGUUUGUAUCAGUGGACUAAGAAGAGUUGUGAUGCCUGCCAAAUUUUAUUUAACUUUACUCCUUAGAAAGUUAGGCGAAACAACCAAGCUGAAAGCCAUUCUUUGAAAGUUUGCAUUUUUAGAUCUAUACUUUUGUGGCUUGUUGAUUGUCACAUGUCCUUAAACACACUGUCAUGUUCUCCGAAAAAAUUACAAAGAAAUUGUCAUGUUGAAUAGUUGAAACUUCAAUUUGUCUUGAUUAUAAACUAGGAAAUCCAGCACUUCAAGAAGACAGAAAUGUAAUUUUGUGCUAUUGUUUGAAUGUUUUGUUAGUGUUUUGGAAAUCUUGCCAUUUCUUUUUACUGAAAGUUUGCUGUGUUUCAAAAGAAAUGUUGCAAUUUUUUGAAUUUGCAAUUAAUUAUGCAGUGUGUGCGUGUGUAUCGAUCAAGUUAAAGAGAGAUCAAGCAUUUUUUUCUGUAAGUAAUUAAGCUAAUCUUAACCAAAAAAAAGUCACUUGGUUGUCAUGUAUCAAGUAUAUUACUGUAGUGAAUGAGUACAAUAAUAUAUGUAUUUUGAUUUUUAAGUGUUCAGUACCAUGUUACAAAAUCUUAUGCACCAUUCCAAAGUUAAGAUGCACAAUAUGUUUUUUUAAUAUACGCAGUACUGUAAGAUUUCUGAGUUCAAUCACCAAAAAAAAAAGUUGUUAAAAACUCUGUAUUUAGUGGCUGCCUGUUUUACUAGAGCGUAGAGCCAAUAUUUUUUUCUGCAUGUAUUUCAUUGUGUUGGUUAUUCCUUUCCGAUAAUUCUAAGGAGUUUAAAAUCAAUAUUCCGUCCAUCUUCAUUGGCCAUAAAAAAAACUUGAAAAUUUUGUGAUUUAUAAAUUAAUCAAACAUGAAGCCAGGCAUGCAACUUUUCCUCGGAUCUGCUGAUUUCCUCGUUUUUUACUUCUCAUGAAUGCCAUUACAAAUUGAAAAACACUGUACAAGUCUUGUGUGGUUUGGAAUUUCCUCCGUUUCUUUUUCUUCUAAAUUUCCAGUUGCAUGCCUGUGUAGCUGGAACAUUCCGAAAAUCAUUGGUCAAAUUAGGUUUGUUUGAAAUAUAAACAUUAUAACUUUAUAUGACAGAAAGUUAUCUAGCCUUUGUUUAUCAUGUAGUCGUUUGCCUUUUUUUGCCAUUAUCUUUGUAAACAAGUUAUUCAAAAAGGACCAAGUACAGGGUCUCUUCUAUUGUAAUUUAUUGAUGAAUGUAUCAGAUAGUUUACAUUUUUUUUUAAAGGCAAUUUCUUAGUUUGGAGAAUUAUCCCCCUUUUAAAAAAAUUCUUAAGUAAACUUAACAAUUAUUGGUUUAUUGUAUCCUUGUCUUGCCAAGCCAUGCAGCUUGAAAUUGAUAUUUUCUUUUUUACGAUGACCUCAAACAUUCAAUUGCUGUCUCGCCAUUUGUCACUGUCGGAUUUGAUUCUAGACCAAAUAGUUGUUUUCAAAAGGAGAGGUGCUUUAACCUUCAUGUUGUAGUUCAAUUUUGAGAAAAGGAUUUUCAGGGGAAAAAAAUGUGAUCCCCUUGCCCCCAACUGAAGUUAAAUAGUUGUCGGUGUUGUGUUGCACUUGAUAUCAUCCAGCCCUGACUCAUCCUCGCCAGUUGUAAUCAGAGAAAGUCUUUCCACAGACGUCGCAAUAUAUUCUCGAAUGGCAUUUUAUCUUUCUGGGGAUAUAACUCUCAUUUAAAGCCUUUCUCCCUCAAGCUUUGCAAACUCUAUUUAAGUGCAGUCUUUCAUUGGAUCUAUUUUUGGUCCAGAUAAAAAGAACAUAUUUCAUAGUGACAACUGUCACGAUAGCAAAAAAUGAGCAGCCAACAAAAAUCGUUUAAUGGAGUCAGAUGAUAUCAGCGCAUGUCAAAGAAAACUUGUUGAGUGUUCAGUUUCAAAAGUAAUCACUUAAUGCACAGACGUAAUGUAACAUCUUUUAAUUGACUGUUAUCCAGACCUACGCGUACAGUAUAACUAUAACGUGGGGAAAAAUAUUUUUUUCAGCGAACUUAUUUUCCUGCCUCCAUGUUUAACCCUACUGAUAUACGGAAAUCUAAACAAUUUUGUCUCUCAAUUUUGUGUGUCUUUUUGUUAAUGAAGGGAUUACUGCUAACGUUAGUUACUUUGUUCUGUGAGUGUUUUAUUAAUGUUUCUACUUUAACUUUCCUAUAGUGCUUAAACGAGAACUUAAGUGCACAUAUGUUCAUGUCUAUGGCUAGAAAAUUGUAUGAUUUUUGAAAAAAGGGCCAAGAAAAAUGGCUGUUAAACAUUCAUAUGAAGAUACCUGUUAUUUACUUAUUCAUUUAUUUUUCGAUUUAUUUAUUUUUUACUCGAGUCAGGUUAUAAUUUCUUAUGUGAUCCACCAUUGAAUAUCACCUCAAGUUGACUGCAACAGCCCAAAAGGAAGACUAUCUGUAGGGCGUAAUGGACAUUCCAGGGUGCUUGUGUAAACCUUUCUCAAGGCAUAAAUUUCCCUGAUUUAAUGACCUGAGGUCAGUCAAAGGUCACUAUGCCAAUCCCAAACUUGGAAAUCUUAAGGUGUUUUUCUACUCCUCCAUGGUCUGUUUUUGGCAUAGUUUCCCAGGUCAAGGACUGAAGUCGAUGUUUUAUCUAAAUAUAUAUGACCUGAUGGAUCCUAGGCUACAUCUUCCCCGAAGUUGAAAUGGAAUAGUCCACCUUUUAUUGUCCUAUUGGGAUCAAGAAUUGGCCUUCCAUGAAUGAUUUUUAAGGGCAAAACCUUAGAAACAGUUUUAAAAAUGUUAUUAUAUGAAGUUUUUUUCAUAUUGACCAAGGAUAUUGACCAAGGAAAUUUGACCAAAAUGGGGUUUGCAGGUCAAAAAAUAUAGUUCAUUUCCCCAAAACUGAUCCCUUGUCUUUUCCCAUUGUGGUACAGUUGAUGAAAAAAGAUUCAAAGAAUAUUUAAAUUGUAAAUGUAUAAAUAAUGUAUGCUUUGUUUAGUAGUUUUUGGUUUACUUUUUAGUGAGUCUGUUUCCUUUUUGGCCUAUUAUGCAUUGUCUUAAUUAUUAUUCAUAAUCAAAAAGAGUGUAUUACAACUAUCACGACAUGGUCUUUUAGUUUUGUUUAUCAAAGUAAUUAAUUGGUUACAGUUACUUAUCUCAUACUCAGUUGCCAGAGAUUUUGUUUUCAACUAAAACUUCUCUCAAAUGACUGUCGGUUGUUCCAAGUUAAUUUGAACCAGUACUGUCUUUAUUCCAAAGAAGGUUUCGUUUAGAACAGUCUUGGUACCGGUAGCUCCAUUUUCAGGUGGAAAUAUGACCUGUAGAGCUUCAAACGAAAUGCCCACUUCACCUGAAAUUUACUCUGAGGGGAGACAGUUGGUCAGUGAGUGACUCAGUAAGUCAGUGACUCAGUCAGUGACGCGUAGUCUUUGACGCAGUCAGUGACUAGAGACUCGUCAGUCAAUGAGUCAGUCACUCAGUCAGUCACUCGUCAGUGACUCAGUCAGUCAGUGACUCAUCAGUGACUCCUCACUCAUAAAUCACUUGUCAGUUACUCAGUCAGUGACUCAGUCAGUGACUCAUCAGUGACUCCUCACUCAUCAAUCACUUGUCAGUUACUCAGUCAGUGACUCAGUCAGUGACUCAUCAGUGACUCCUCACUCAUCAAUCACUUGUCAGUUACUCAGUCAGUGACUCAGUCAGUGACUCAUCAGUGACUCCUCACUCAUAAAUCACUUGUCAGUUACUCAGUCAGUGACUCAGUCAGUGACUCAUCAGUGACUCCUCACUCAUAAAUCACUUGUCAGUUACUCAGUCAGUGACUCAGUCAGUGACUCAUCAGUGACUCCUCACUCAUCAAUCACUUGUCAGUUACUCGGGGAGUGACUCAGUCAGUGACUCAGUCAGUGACUCCUCACUCAUCAAUCACUUGUCAGUUACUCAGUCAGUGACUCAGUCAGUGACUCAUCAGUGACUCCUCACUCAUCAAUCACUUGUCAGUGACUCAGUCAGUGACUCAGUCAGUGACUCCUCACUCAUCAAUCACUUGUCAGUUACUCAGUCAGUGACUCAGUCAGUGACUCAUCAGUGACUCCUCACUCAUCAAUCACUUGUCAGUGACUCAGUCAGUGACUCAGUCAGUGACUCAGUCAGUGACUCCUCACUCAUCAAUCACUUGUCUGACUCAGUCAGUGACUCAGUCAGUCACUCGGUCAGUCACUCGGUCAGUCACUCGUCAGUGACUCCCCCAGUGACUCAGUGACUUAGUGACUCUGGGACUCAGUCAGUCAGAGGGCAAAGGCUAGCCCAUCAGGUCCAGCCAAAAAAAAAUAAAAAAUUAGUGCCAGCUUAAAUGUUGAAAGAAGACUGAAAAUUACAUUUUACUAAGUAACAGGUGUAGAUCUUCAUACUGGGACAGCAGGGCUGUGUACUCCCUGUGGGGAUGUAAGGAGCCAUGUCAAGACCAUGCUUUGAUGAUAGAGGUGGUGACCUUAAUGCUGAUUAUACACACCUAUAGGGGACUGGGUCAAAGGUCACAAACCCCUGGGCCAUAUAACCCAGCAGUGUUAUCCACUGUAUGGAUUCUGUAGUUAUCUCUGGAGAUCAUCUUUGGGGAAGUCUCAUUUUUCUGUCUUUGCCCGAGGGUCAGUUGCUUAUUAUUUUUGGAGAGAUCAAAUCAACUGCACCUGUUAGUUUGGGUAAAAGUUUAAUUUUUAUAAUUGGAUGUUUUGGGUGAUCGUGGUCUUGAAAUGGUAAAUUUAAGUGGAUUUUUGUGUGUGAUACUUGCCUUAAACCUGGAAGUAAAGAUCAUAGUUGAAAUGUAUAGAGAGACUACAGCAUGCAAAUGUCUGUGAACCAUUAUACAUACUGAAAAAUGUUUUGGAAAACUUGGAUUUUUGGGGGGAAAAUUUGCUUUGAGUUGGGGAGGAUUUAGUCAAUAUUACAUUGGUAUGUAAUUGUAUAUAAGUUUUUGUACAGGAUAGAAUUUCAUCUUUUCGGUGGCUUUCUUGUCUUUUAUUUUUUGGGGAAGGGGCGAUAUUUUUAAUUGUUUUAGGAAGGCCUCAUAGCAUAAAACUUAAAAAGGAAGUAGAUGCCAGAAUGUGCCAGAACGGAGGCUGAUUUUUGUCCCCCUGCAAUCUUGUAGUUUUAUUAAAGACAUAAUCCUGAAUUUUGUGUUUAAUGUUGACUCUUUUGUAGUUGCCAAAUUCUUGCUUGGACAAAAGUUAGUAAGAGUUGGCGGGAUGAAAUUCCCCAAGUUGGCCUUGUUUGGCGGAAAAAGUGAUUUCCGUCUACUGGAGUAAAAAAUCACCAGUUUUUUGAAAAUGGGGAUGAACAUGCAUAUAUUGUAUUUCUCUUUUUUUUUGCAUGAAAAAUCAGAAAAAUUUGAUAAUGCAAAAAUCAUUGGAAAUGCUAAAAACCAAUUGUUGACAUCUAUAAAAAGUGAAAAUCUAGUUAAAGUUUUCAGGCAAGCACAAUGUUUUAAAUGUAUUGUUGAUAAAGGUUUUUAUUUUAUUUAAAAUGUGUUCAGACUUUAAUUGCAUAGUAAGUUUCACCGCCGCAUGUGUUUUUGUUAAAUUGGCACACAUUGUGUUUAAAAAAAAUUGUUCUGCUUUGUAUUUUAUAUUGUCAGUUUUACGCUUUCUAAUUCUGUUAUGUAGAAAUUUCAGUGCAACACAAAGUUCAAGUUAAGUACAUGUACUACUUUUAGAACAAAAAUUGUGUAUUCAUUGAACUACUUUGUCAAAGUGUGGCUACCCAUAAACAUAAGUGAACAGAUAUUGGAUAACAUACAGCCUGUAGGUCAAAUAUACAAUUUAACUUUUAAGAAUGCCUGUACGUUGUUUAAUUGUGUUACGUUCUAAUCCCUUAAAUAGGAUCAAGACAAAGAAUGUUAACAAUAAAAGUUGUGAAAAUAAUUAAUGAGAAAAUGUGUUUGAGCCCCAGGCUUGCAUACAGCUUCUUGAAUUAAUAUGACUCCUUAAUCACAAAAAUAUAUAAAACAGUAUUAUAUUAAUAACAAAAAAAAAUCAGUUUAAUAAGGGAAUAGCUUAGAAGAUAUUGUUCUGCCACAAUUUCUCCUCUCUGUUUGGUAUGUGUUGCAACCGAUAUUAACACUUUCAGUGGUAAAAUA